AUGGCUCGAAACCCUCAUGCUCUGAAAAUGGUGACAUGGAUGACUGAAUACUUCUACAGCCGUGUACAGAAUGUGAUUACAAAGUACAGUAUAACUAGACAUUAUCAAUCACUGAAUGAGGAAACUGGAGGAAUGAAUGAUGUCCUUUACAAAUUAUACAGCAUAACAGGAGAUCCUAAGCAUCUCUUGUUGGCUCACCUUUUUGACAAGCCAUGCUUUUUAGGGUUGCUUGCUGUGCAGGCUAAUGACAUUGCAAAUUUUCAUGCUAAUACACAUAUUCCAGUUGUUAUUGGAUCUCAAAUGCGGUAUGAAGUCGCUGGUGAUCCGCUCUAUAAGGAAAUUGGAACAUUCUUUAUGGAUAUCAUUAACUCGUCUCAUAGUUAUGCAACUGGAGGGACAUCGGUCAGUGAGUUCUGGCAUGAUCCAAAGAGAAUGGCAGAGAACCUGAAAACAACCGAAAAUGAAGAGUCAUGCACAACUUAUAACAUGUUGAAGGUUUCACGGAACGUAUUUAGAUGGACCAAGGAGGUAUCAUAUGCAGAUUAUUAUGAGCGUGCUUUAACAAAUGGUGUUUUGGGGAUUCAAAGAGGUACAGAUCCUGGAGUAAUGAUAUAUAUGCUGCCACAAGGUCGUGGAGUAUCCAAGGCUAAAACUUGGCACGGUUGGGGAACAAAGUUUGAAUCUUUCUGGUGCUGCUAUGGAACAGGGAUUGAAUCAUUCUCAAAGCUGGGGGAUUCUAUUUACUUUGAAGAAGGAGGAAAGAACCCUACACUUUACAUCAUUCAAUACAUAUCAAGCUCCCUUAAUUGGAAAUCCAGGGGUGUCAUGCUUAAUCAAACUGUAGUUCCUGCUACUUCAUGGGAUCCUUACCUUAGAGUUACAUUGACGUUUUCUCCUGUAGAGGGGACUGGCACUUCAUCCACGUUGAACUUCCGAAUACCAACAUGGACACAUUUGGAUGGUGCCAAGGCAAUUUUAAACGAUGAGAUUUUACCUCUGCCAUCUCCAGGUAUUUAA